CCUCGUCCUUUGUGUAACGUCCCUGAGAGGCAGGCCGGAGAUGGAAAAGAACGGACAGAGACAUCGGCGCCGGUUAGUUCUACUGCCAUGUCCAUUUCAAGGACACAUAAAUCCCAUGCUUCAACUAGGUAGCUUUCUUCACUCCAAGGGAUUCUCCAUUACAGUUAUUCACUGCAAAUUCAACUCUCCUAACCCUUCCAACCAUCCUUCUUUCGAGUUCAUUCCGUUCAAAGAUGGCUUAUCCGGGGACGAUAUAUCAUCCGGGGAUCUAGUAAGAAUUAUACAGGUGGCGAAUGUCGGAUGCAAAUCGCAUCUCCACGAAUGCUUGUCUCAGAUAAUGACGCAACGGCGAGGAGGCCAAAACGAUGAUGUCGCCUGCAUCAUCCAUGAUGAGCUCAUGUACAUCUCCCAGGCUGUGGCCAAUUCUUUGAAGCUUCCAAGCAUCGUCUUACGCACCACCAGUGCUGCUACUUUUCUGGCUCGUACCGCCAUUCUCACACUCAAGGCAGAAGGUUACAUUCCCUUUCAAGGUAUAUAUGUGACUAUAGAUUCUGCGUCACAGGACCCAGUCCCUGGUCUUCAUCUACUCAGGUUUAAGGAUCUACCCGUUCCCAGGUCUAAAACUUUACGCGGCUUUGAGCAGAUAGUUGUUGACUCGUAUAAUAUUGGAACAUCAUCAGCCAUCGUUUGGAAUACCAUGGAAAGCCUUGAACUAUCAUUAUUGGAGCAAAUCCAACAACAAUGCCAAGUUCCAGUUCUUCCCGUUGGUCCUGUGCACAAAUUUGCUCCAGCCUCUUAUAGCAGUAGCUUAUUGGAAGAAGACACGAGCUGUAUGUCAUGGCUUGGGAAGCAAACUAAAAACUCAGUUAUAUACGUCAGCAUGGGAAGCAUAGCAUCCAUGGAUGAGAAAGAGCUAGUUGAAUUGGCAUGGGGACUAGCCAACAGUCAGCAGCCUUUCUUGUGGGUGAUUCGACCUGGCUCAAAUAGUUACGGUUCAGAUCAAUGGAUAGAAGAACUUCCUAAAGUUCUCAGAGAAACUCUUGGAGAGAAAGGUUGCAUUGUGAAAUGGGCACCACAGAAGGAAGUUCUGGCACAUAGCGCGGUGGGAGGGUUUUUGAGCCAUUGUGGCUGGAACUCAACGCUGGAGAGUAUUUGUGAAGGGGUUCCAAUGAUUUGCAGACCUUCUUUCGGGGACCAGAAAGUGAAUGCAAGGUACCUGAGCCAUGUAUGGAGGGUAGGUUUGGAAUUGGAGGAGUUGGAGAGAGGUCAGAUAGAGAGAGCUGUAAGAAAAUUAAUGGUGGAUAAGGAAGGGGAGGCGGUGAGAGAGAGUGCCAAUAAUUUGAAGGGAAAAGUUGAACUUUGUAUUAGAGCAGGUGGUUCGUCCGACGACUCCCUGAACAGGUUGGUGGAUAUGAUCAUGUCAUUUUAAUUGCAGACUGCCUGGGUCUCUUUCCUGCCGUACUUCACAUACAUGUCUGGAGUGCUACACGAGCCUAGAGCUAUAGUACAUAAUAUUUUCUUGAAAAAGUUUCUUGCAAGCAAUUUUUCACACCAAAAUCGCAACUUUCCAGUACCGACGUUCAUCCUUUGCAUCUCACGUGCUUUAUUUAAUCGAAUUCAAACUCUCUCUUUUCAUGUUUUGCUUCAC